AUGAUCACCUUCACCUUCCAUUCCAACCAUAACCCCCUUCCCUUCUUCACAGUCCUCUACACCAUGGUGCACUUUAGCACAAAACAGGACCAGCUCAAUAGCAUCAUUCAAACUCUGGAAGUAUCAUUGCCCACUGAACUUGAUCAGUAUGCAGAAGAGUUGCAAAACCUGGACUUUGAUAUGGAUGAUUAUGAUAGCAGCUCUGACACUGAUGAUGGCCCAACACCUCUUUCAGCAGGCCUCAUUCACAUGUAUGCCCUCAUUGCCCAGCAGUGA